UUUGUAUCCUCUCACUCCUUAUAUUCAAAUAUCUGUGUUUCCAGGUCUCUGUACAGUCUAUCUUUAAUGUCCAACCACGAUCCACUAGCCUCCAACGGGCACACCCACCUCACACCGAUUUCCGUCCUGCCGAACACCAACACUGCGGACGAGCUACGUGAUGCAAGACGCGAGCUUACACUUCUUAGACGACAACUUGCUCGUGCUGAAGAAGAUCACAAGAAAGAUGUCGCUCGGCUACAGGAACAUCUGAACGAACAGAUCCAUCUUACCGAGGUCGACUUGAAGGAGGCGAGGAAGGAGAGAGACGACUUGUUGAUGCGGGGAUCACGGUCGCCGAUAGCGGAGGUGGAGAGAGAGAAGGAGAGGGUGAAGAAGGAAGAGGCGGAGAAAUUAUCGAGGGAAGAGGAGAAGAAGGGUCUGGAGAAUACUGUGGAGAAUCUGACGGCGCGGGUAAGUGAGUUAGAGCGGGAGCGGGAUGCAGAGCGGAGUCGGGCCGUGAGGCUAGAUCGGCUUGCCCAGGAGUUGAAGAUGACGUCUGAGAAACUGUCGUCGGAGAAUAGUCAGCUGGUGAAGAUAAACGGUGAGCUUGUUGAUCAGGUCGAAGCGCUCAAGAACGAGAGGCGCGGUCUUCGAGACGAACGAGACAUGGCGAAGGCUACUCUGGACGUCGUCCAAGCUCAACACGAUGGCUCAAUCGCUGACCGGGACGAAUUGACGCGGGAACGGGACGACCUCAGAAUAGAACGAGAUGACUUGAGGGCCGAGCGUGAUGAAUUGUUCGUUAUUCGGGAUGAACUUACGGCUGAGCGGGAUACACUUCUGGAAGAGAGACAGAUACGAGAGACUUUGCAGGCUGUGUCUCCAUCAACAUCCGCUGAACGCGUCCCUUCGCCGACUGCUGGCCAGAAUCCUCAACAGGACUCUACUCCACCGAACACGAACGCCACCCAACAUCGAGUAAAGAUCGAACCUGGUAUGUCUAUUGUCCAAAAAUCACUAACUUUUCCUCUUGCUUUUGGACGCGUUGACGAUUGGCCGUAGAAACGUCUCAAAUGCCGUCAUCGAUGCCUCCUGCGUCUUCCCAUGAGCUACCACCACGACCGGCCUCGUCACAGACCUCGGUCGGAUCCAUGCAGAAUUCCACUCGUCCAGGUCCAUCGCCCCGUAAGCGCAAGCGAACUCAACAUAAUGAUCGUAAGGAAGAUUCCUUGAAACGACACUUUGUUCCUGCGCGCCUUGAGAGACAUCAAACUCUCACCUCCGACGCCAUGCAUAUCGAUUCGUAUUCCCAGGCAUCGCAACAGUCUCUCCUGCCCCAGGCUCAACCUCAGACUCAAGCGUACGCUCAACCUUUAACGCAAUCGCGUUCCCUGAACUCGAUUCAAACCGAAGCUCUGAGCGAGCAACCAACUCAAGCCCUCAGCCAACAAGGAAGCCAUAGCCAAGUUCUCGGUGAACAACAGAGUCAAGUGCAAUAUCCGCCCGCCUCUCCGCCCCCGUACGCCCCUGAAGAACCCGGCUCAAUCUCUGUCUCCAUGAUCCCGAACCAGUACGACCAAUCCAUGACGGUCAAGCCCGAUCUCGAAUCACGCCUCGCGGACGCCAACUCGGAGGAAGAUAUGGUCAUCUCGCCAAUCAUCUCGACGAGGGAGGAUAUCGUGAAUGAGGCUCAUGUUGCCGGGAGAGACGAAGAAACUGACAUAGAUUUCGUUCGGAGAGUAACUCGCGAAGAGCGUGAAGGGCAGCGUGGUAGGAGUCUGAGCAGGUCCCGAAGGGACGACCGUCAGAGCCCACGCCCGAGUCCCAGUAAACGCGAUCUUCAAUCUAGACUAACGAGCCGGACGCCAUCGCCCGCAAAUCGUAGUAAUGGCAACAGGACGCAUCGCCGCCCACCGUCUAGGACACCUUCGCCCGGUCCUCGUCACCUUCAUCGGCUCCCUACAACUCGCGACGUUUCUCCCUACGAACGAGGACGGACGCGGGAAUUCGACCGUGGUGGACGAGGACACCAACCUCCCACCGCCCCACUUUCGUGGCGCCGUUCGCCGCCACACCCGCCACCUACUCAACCCGCUGCGUUCUAUGCUCGUGAUCGUGAUCGUGAACGGGGACGGGGACGUGAGAGGGAACGGGAUGUCUCGCCGACGUCUCGACCUUCGCAGUAUGCACUUCCUCCUCCCGCGCACGACCUACCACCACAUCCGAAUACACAUAGGCUUCCCCCUCCAUCACUCCCCGCUCCCCCGUUGCACCCUCAGGGUUACAUACCGACAUCUCCAAGUACGACGAAAGGGUAUGGAGGCGCAGCCGGAGGCGGAGGUUACGGCUCUCGUGGACCAGCAUCUUAUGCACCAAGCACCUACUCCCGCGGCCGAUCCAAAUCGAUGUCAAGGUCGCGCUCUCCUUCGCGGUCCGGGUCCAGGUCCAGGUCGGAGGAGAGAAGAUUUUGGGAGAGGGAAGCGGAGAGGAACAGGGAUGGCCAGUUGAGAGAGCGGGACAGAAUGAGAGAGAGGAGUCGGGCGUUGGGGUUCGACGUCGGUAUGAGGUAUGAUGACGAUGAUGGUUAUUAUGCAGGGACAGAGGCGCCGACGGCAUGGAAUGGUUAUAGGCGUGGCGCGGCGGGAGACUGGGGGAGGGAGGACACUAGUUGGAGGCCGAGGUAUUGAGGUGGUUGGAAUAGUGUCGUGGGGAGAAACUAAGGCAGUUAUUGAAUGGGGUCAGAGGAAUGUGUAGUGGCGAUCAGAAUGGGUGGCGAACGUUCAAGGAUGGGUGAUGCCGAGUGUGGCGUGCAAGUACCAGUAGGAGUUGUUAUUGCUUCGAUUUUCGAUCUCCAUUCUACAUACGUUCGGUUCAUCUAGAGAGGACGGUCAUGCCACAGAAGUUUGGAUGGCGCGUUUCCCUUGAUUACGGACGAUCCACACGCUCGUUCAUGUUCAUAUAUGCUGUUUCCGCUUUCUUGGAUAGUUACAUAACAAUCUAGCCUUGUUU